CAUUUUCUGUGACUCAGCCAAACCCAGUCCCCUCCCCACCCUCCCCGUUCUUCCUCCUUUCUGUGUGGGGGCAAAAAGAGACAUUCUGCUUCCCAAAGAAGCUGGUGGAGAGGGAUCUCUUUCAAGGAGAGGCAGGAUGGCGAGCAGAUUGUGGCUGGUGGCUUGUGCGCUGGCUCUGAUUCUGGAUGCCGCGGCUCCUCAGGACACGGUGUGCCAAGCAGCUGCUGGCAGAGAUGGACACCCAGGGACUCCAGGCAGGGCUGGUCGCCCAGGACAGAAAGGAGAUCUUGGCGAGCCAGGGAGGGCAUCAAGGAGCACAGGCAUACAGGGACCCAAAGGUGACCCAGGGCAGCCAGGCCCACCAGGCACGCCAGGUAACCAGGGCUACCGAGGCCCCGAUGGCCCCCCAGGCCCUCCUGGUGAAGAAGGAGACAAAGGCCAGAAGGGGCAGGUUGGUGACAGCAUGAAGCAGCCCCGAGCCGCCUUCUCAGCCUCUCUGAAGAACCACAAGCCUAUUGGCAACGUAGUGGUAUUUGACAAUGUCAUCACCAACCAGGACGAUGGUUACGACCUCCAGACGGGCAAAUUUACCUGCAAGGAUGCUGGGCACUACUACUUCUCCUUCCAGGUGAUUUCCAAUGGCAACCUAUGCCUUCGGCUCAUGCAUCAAGGCAACCAAGUAGCCACCUUCUGUGACAACAACAAGCAAGGCCUCCUGCAGGUCAACUCAGGAGGGAGCGUCCUGUACCUGGCUACGGGUGAGAGCGUAUGGCUGGAGACCGACCCGCAGGGUGGGAACAACAUCAACGUCAGCAGCGAUGCAGACAGCGUGUUCAGUGGCUUCUUGCUGUUCCCGUCGGGCGCCUGAGGGACAGGGAAGAAGACAAAGACACCCCUUCUUCUCCAAACCCACCUCCCUCUUGCUACAAAGCUACAACCACAAGGACGCUUUUUCCAGAUCAGUGUAACUGCAUAUAUACAUAUGUCUGCUUCCUGGGGAUUGGAGGAGAAAGCCACAGAGUUUGAAAUUUGAGGGGAAGCCGCCCAAUUCUCUCUCUCUCUCUCUCUCUCUCUCUCUCUCUCUCUCUCUCUCUCUCUCUCUCUCUCUCUCUCUCUCCUCUCUCUCUCACACACACACACACACCCCAAUAUGGAAACUCAGUUAGCCUCUGAAAUUCUCACUCCGGCAGAUUUUGCUUUGCCAUUCCCUGAAAAGAAAAUGUGCCCCAAACAGCAGAAUGGAAACUCUGCACACAAGUGAAAAUGAUGUAGAUGAUAGCAUUAUAACGAGGAAAAUUUGCUUGCAAAAAGGGGUAUAUUUAGCAAAGUUGAAUGCGAAAAGCUGUAUAUUAGGAGAACUGAAGACCAUUAGUGGAAAUGUAAUGUACACAACUGCAUUAUAUUAGGAUACAUGUGCUUGCAAAAAUGGGCAUAUCUAAGGAAUGUACAAAAAAAUGUGUACAAACCUUCAUGAGGACUUUUUGAUGUUGAUUUUUUUUUUAAGUUUGCAAUCUGUGGGGAAAGGGGUUGAACGAAACUUAUGUAUUGAAAAAUGAGAAAGUGAGGGGAAUUAAAACAGAUUUAUCCAUUGCUAGCCCGCUUCUGCAUUCCCCCGCCCAAUACAUUGAGAUUCCCACCUUCCUUCCAUCAUGGCACCCAAAGUGGCUGAAGAGGUGGCUCCAAACAGGUUUCUCAACCCAACCCAACCCAACCCAACCCAACCCAUCCCAACACUGACGAGACCCAGACCUGCUCAGCUUCAGCAAAGUGAUGACCUCAUGUGUUCCCAGACCACACAGCCUGGGACAUUCAGUCUUGUUCCUACUUGGCAAUGAAUAAAUAUUCAGAAUUUUGAAA